AUGACCUCUUCAGAGUGGCACCUGUCGUUAAAGCUGGUGGAUCGGCCCAAAUCCACCUUCCACUUCCCAGAGAUGAUGCCCGGGGAUGUGCCACCAGGAGGAUACAGAGUGGCCACAUUAAAGCAGCUGGUAGCAGCCCAGCUUCCAGACUCAGUUCCAGACCCUGAGCUAAUAGAGCUGGUCCACUGUGGGCGGAAACUGAAGGACGAACUUACGCUGGAUGCCUAUGGAGUUCAGCCAGGUUCCACCUUACACAUUCUCAAGAAGACGUGGCCUGAGCCAGAGGGAAAUCCAGAGCCUGUAAACAGAGUAACAGCAGCCCGAGAGUUCAGGGUGUUUCACGCAGCUCUUCAUUCACUCAACUCCGCAUACAGAGACUCGGUUUACAAAAUGCUGACAAACAAGGAAUCCCUGGAUCAGAUCAUCGUGGCCACUCCUGGGCUCAGGUCCGACCCGGUUGCUCUAGGUGUGCUUCAAGAUAAAGAUCUCUUUGUGCAGUUCACAGACCCCAACAUGCUGGACGUGUUAAUCAGUUCCCACCCGGCCCUCGUCAACGCCAUUAUCCUGGUCCUGCACUCGGUGGCGGGCAGCAUGCCCGCCCAGUCCAGCGCCAGCUCCUCCCGCAACGUGUCUGCCAGCUCUUACAGCGACAUGCCAGGAGGCUUCAUGUUCGAAGGCAUGUCGGACGACGAGGACGAGUUCCAGUCCGGCAGUCCGGCGGGUCCGUCCAGCCGAGGCGGGCUCCCGGCGGGAAUGCGGCCCAUCUCUCUGGGCCACAGCGGCGCGACGGGGCCUCGGCCCAUAACGCAAAGCGAGCUGGCCACGGCCCUGGCCCUGGCCAGCACGCCCGACAGCAGCGCCGUCACGCCGACAACCGCCAGUCAGAUGGACCCCUCCAGUGGCGCCGCCCCGAUGCCAGCUGGCACACCAGUCAGUAAUGAUCUCUUCAGCCAGGCUCUACAGCAAGCUCUGCAAGCCACCAACAUGUCUGCUCUACAGGGCCGUUGGCAGUCCCAGCUGCAGCAGCUCAGGGACAUGGGGAUCCAGGACGAGGAGCUGAUGCUGAGGGCGCUGCAGGCCACAGAUGGCGACAUCCAGGCUGCCCUCGAGCUCAUAUUUGCUGGAGGCCCCGGACUCUGAGCCCGCACCCCCACGGACAAAACCCACAGCAGAGGAGAGAGAGAGAGAGAGCAGGAAAACAUCUGGCUCAGCCGACUGCCAACGAAUGAGAACGUUUAUGGCUCGCGCUGUGCGGUUGUCGUUGCCGUGGCAGCGUUCGGCUUCAAAUGAUGCCCAGGACAGCUCAGAUGAAGCUCCGCUGGUCGUUUAAACCGACGCAGCUGUCGAUUUGAUUGAUUACUGCUACAAAUGUGAACCGUUUAUAAUAAACUUGUUUAAAAGAAAAUAUCAUCUGCAUCAUA